AUGGAAGCUGACUGGAGGAGAAUUGAUAUCGAUGCGUUUGACCCGGAAAGCGGUAGGUUGACUGCUGCUGAUCUGGUGCCACCAUACCCAACCAUCGUUACACUACAAGAAUUACAGCCUCGAAUGAAUCAAUUGCGUUCGCUGGCCACGAGCGGUGACUCUACGGGGGCCGUCCAAUUACUCACAACCGACCCUCCAUACAGUGCGGACGCUGCGACAAAGGAACAAUAUUUCGUGAGCGUGCUUGAAGCAUUGACACAGGUCAGACAGGCCGAUAUUGGUAACGUAGUCAAGGCUUUGAACGACUCCCAGAAGGACGUAUUGGUGAAGUACCUUUAUAAGGGGAUGUCCGUACCUCAGGGCCAGAAACAGGGUGGUGUCUUGCUUGCUUGGUUGGAAAAAAUUACCCAAGUCAGCGGUGUCACGCCCAUCGUUCAUUAUAUAUCGGAUAGAAGAACCGUAUGA